CGAAUAAUGACUACUCGCGGUCCGUGUGGUCUGUUGGUCGGUCUUCAGGUCAUAAAACCAACUCCUCAGAAGUGUAAUGUCGACAUUGCGUGCCACUCACUCAGAGCACAUAGAAACAGCCAUCUGACAUUCUUCGAUACGAUUAUCAUCUUGUCCACAUACACUCACCGAUCGCUGGCGAACAUUCUAUCACUCUUGCCACCACCCUACCUCCUAUUUCGCUGCGACAAACGCUCCUGUCAACCACAAACUCGCAGUCCAACUGAAAGUCCCCCUGUUACAGUGCUGACAAUGGCAUAAUCAUACGGCGACGAUUCCAAGAGGAAAGGAGUUUGUUGGGCUGGUCUCUCAAGUCAUUUCCGUACCUUCAUAAACCCGUUCCCAUUCUUCCUCCGCCCUGCCAAAACUGCGCCAGAGCCAGACGUCACUCGGCCAGAAAGAGAUGGACAUCGACGGGGACAACCAAUCUAUGUCGCUGGACAGACCUCUCUCACCAACACCCUCCAGAUCAGUCUCGAUAGAUCCCAAUCAACUGGCCAGUCGCUCCUAUAAUGCCAGAACCACUUCCCUCGACCAAGACAACGAAUACCCCUUCCCUCCCUCUCCAGCCAUCCCGAUAGACCCAUUACGAUCCUCCAAAACCCGCCAUAACAUGUCACAACCGAGACCCAAACGGUUAUCGACGUCCAAUAAAGCCGGUAUGCCUCUGAGUAUACUACCCUCUGCUCCGGCAUCUCCUCCCACACCUGCACCUUCUCCUACGCCGUAUCAGCGCGCUCCUAGUUGGACCUCUGCGGGCGAGAACGAAGAUGCGUUUCUCCGGGAUGCUCGAGGACAUUUCGCCUGCCUCAAUGCUGCUGAAAGAGAGAGGUAUCUGGCCGAGUUGCUCAACAUGUGCGACAGUCAUCUCUUGAGUUUUGUCCACCACUUUGUGUCUCCGAGACUAAAGAAGGACCCGUUCGAGCAUUUACCGGAUGAACUGUGCUUAAGGGUUCUGUCAUAUAUCGAUGAUCCGCUAAGCCUAGCGAGAGCGUCGCAAGUAUCACAUCGUUGGCACAAAUUGUUGAAUGAUGACAUGCUAUGGAAGCGGAUGUUGGACAAGCACGCCUGGCGGAAAAACUCGAGCGCUUCGUCUGAGGAACCCGAGGCUUUCUCUCUGCCGCAAUCCGCUCAAGGGCCAUAUACUUACAAUACUCGGUCCCCGAAGCGGAAUAUUGAUGGAUCCAUUGUUGGACCGUCAAGCAGUGCACCCAACCUAACUCUACCCACUGGCUCGAACAGCCUCUCGUCAAGUCCCCGAGCGCGGAAGCGCCAAUCACAGUCCCACUAUUCGCACUUCAGACACAAAUAUAUGAUUGAAGCUGCAUGGAGGAAAGGCGGCCACAGCAUUGUCAAGCACAUCACACCAGAUCAGGGUGUAGUAACAAGUCUGCAUCUCACGGACAAGUACAUUGUGGUUGCAAUGGACAACGCCAAAAUCCACGUCUUCAACACCAUGGGCGAACAUCAAAAGACUUUGAAAGGUCAUGUUAUGGGAGUAUGGGCUAUGGUGCCUUGGGACGACAUUCUUGUCAGCGGCGGGUGUGAUAGGGAUGUUCGCGUCUGGGAUAUGUCUACCGGCAAAAGCAUACACACGUUAAGAGGACAUACCUCGACAGUAAGAUGUCUAAAGAUGUCCGACGCAAACACUGCAAUUUCUGGUUCGAGGGACACGACUCUACGAAUAUGGGACUUGACCACCGGGAUGUGCAAGAACAUCCUUGUUGGUCACCAAGCCAGUGUACGUUGCCUAGCCAUCCAUGGUGAUCUCGUGGUUUCCGGCAGCUACGAUACGACAGCGAGAAUCUGGAGCAUUUCGGAAGGGCGGUGUCUCCGGACGCUGACCGGACAUUUCAGUCAAAUCUAUGCCAUCGCCUUUGACGGGAACCGAAUUGCUACUGGCAGUCUCGAUACCAGUGUUCGGGUCUGGGACCCAAGGACUGGUAUGUGUACUGCGAUCUUGCAAGGACACACUUCGCUCGUUGGCCAGUUACAGAUGCGAGGCGAUACGCUGGUCACAGGUGGCUCCGACGGCUCUGUUCGCGUGUGGUCACUGUUGACCAAUACGCCCAUCCACCGCCUGGCUGCGCAUGAUAAUAGUGUUACAAGUCUGCAGUUUGACGAGAAUCGAAUCGUCAGCGGCGGUAGCGACGGCCGCGUCAAGAUCUGGAGUGUCGAGACUGGUCAACUUGUGCGUGAACUCAGCCAGCCUGCUGAAGCGGUCUGGCGAGUCGCAUUCGAGGAAGAGAAGGCUGUCAUUAUGGCUAGCCGGUCGAAUAGGACAGUCAUGGAGGUUUGGUCCUUCUCACCUCCCGAGGACGAAUGGAAUCGCCGCUCCGAAAGUCCAGUCAGUCUUCCGGAUGUCACACCGACCACUGUCGAAGAUGAAGAGCCGACACAUUUCCAGCACGAUCUCGGUGAUGUCGACGCUGCAAUGAGCGAUGUGUAGCCGCUUGAUAGAGUCGGGUUUGACAUCCAGCGGAUGUACACACGCCGACACGACGAACAUGAAGGCGGCAUGGAACGAUACCCCUGAGCUUUUCAGUCUCAUCACGCUGCUAUGGAGUCUUUCUUUGGGCUGCAGCAGGUUGCGGCAUUGCCGCAACGAUACCUGUUACCACGCGAGGAGAUAAUCCGGCGGAUGCUUCUGUUUGGAAUUCGAAUGCCAAUUGACCAACUUUUGGCAGCAACUCGCAUAUCCUUACGGCUACACCAUAUUUGCUUUGAUUGGCGGCAUGGAGCUUGAGGAGUUUUGGCAUCGC